CUCGUCAGUGUCGUUGGACAGGAGGUACUGCUCAAAAGCCCCUCCUUGCCUCCAGUGCUUUCUUUUACACACAAGCAAAUCCAGCUUCUCUUAUGGCAGGGGCCGCACAUUGGCAUUUCCCAAACAGCCGCGGCAUGCCACUCUUCCUGACAGCACCUCUUUGCCUUUUCAGGAGACGGACAGACAGACUGAACUGAGCUGGGAGCAGACUGUAGUGGACUGUCUGACAAACACGCCCUCACAUCACCAAGACAAACUGGAGAAAACUGCUGAACACAUGUCAUCAGAUACCAAAGGUCCAACCAGAAAACUAGAAGACAACUGAAGACAAAAAAGGGAUGGAAGGACAAAACGGAAAUAUCAGUCCUCAUAAAAGAACAGGGAAUGGAAUCAAAGGGAAGCCCCCGUACUCAGUGGAAACACCUUAUGGCUUUCGACUGGACCUGGACUUCCUAAAAUACGUAGAUGACAUAGAGAAAGGCAACACAAUCAAAAGAGUGCCGAUCCAACGCCGGAGCAAAGGCCCUAGAGCCAGCACUCUUCCCAGGCAACUCAAUCCUUCUGGGUGUGGCUACCGCCCGAGCCCCUGGGGAUCUACUGGAGCUCUUGGUCCCAGGUCCCGACUGUCAGAUGCCCAUCACUAUGGCUACUCUUCCUGGGCAAAUGAUCACAGGUCGCCACUUUCUCCUACAGGGCUCAAAUCCUUGGCAGAGAUGGAGGCCAGAAUCAAGGAGUUUGAUGAGCAACCUCUCGGUGAGCACAUCAGGCCUCAUCUCCUGCGUGCCUCCAGUAUGCCACUCACAGUUUUAUUGAGACAGGGAUCAGAGUCCAUUGACGACCUCAGCAGCCUCAGGAGUUCAAGGGAUCACCUUGGAGAUAGAAACACCUCCUGUGAAGACGUCCUCUACUCCCUGGACAGCCCUCGACCACAGGACUGCUCAGGUCUGUUGAGGCGCCUGACGGAGGCCCUAGAACGUGUCGGGGAGCUGGAGAUGGAGGUGAGGGUGGUUCCAGAGCUCAGGGCGCAUAUCUGCAUCCUCCAGGAGGAAAGACAAAGGCUCCGUCUGGGCCUGAAUCCACAUGUCCCACCCUCCUCGAUGAAUGGAACCAGAGACCCUUCCACCUCGUCCCACUACAGCACAGAGGACAUUAAAAGGCCUCGGCAUGAAAGUCACACCAUCUUUCCUAGAAAUCACAGCGUCAGUCGACACGACUCCAAUCCCACGCACGAGUGGAGGACUAGUACAGAUCUGGAUGAGCUGCUGACGGUGACGUCCCUGCAGGCUAAAGUAGCUGUGCUGGAGCAGAAGCUCCAUGAGACUGGCCUAGAGCUGCAGAGGGCCUUAGGGCUUCUGAGGGAGCAGCAUGAGGAGAGCAGCAGAAAAGAUGAGAAGAUGGAGCACCUUAUCAGGAAUCCUGCAGCGUGGGUCCGUGCAGAGAGGGUGGUGGUAGACCAGGAUGGAGAUGAGACGGUGGUGAGAUCUAUUGAACCAUAUAAUAAAGUGUCAAGAAGUCCAGAUGCAAGAACUGUUACCACAAACGGACAAAAGUGUCGACAACAAGAAGCAGUAGUGUCUGUGGACCCUGGAGAGGCUUCAGAUCAAACAGCAGUGGUCGUCCACCACAUAAAGAAGGUCAAGAGGCUCCUGGAUCAGCAGUGGGAGUGUUUAUGUGUAGGCCCUGAUUCAGGAAAGGAGGGCAAACCUCUACAGCACCCAGACCCCAAAGUCAACUCCCUACAGCAGGAGAUGAUGGGACUCGUUGAGAUCCUUACCUCCUACUACACCCAACAAGGGAACAGUGAUGGAGAGAGGAUUCAACACGGAGCUUCAAAAUCCAUCAUGAGGACAGAUGGAUGCGCCCAGAUGUCAAAAAGCCUACAUUCUGUGGGUGUUAAUGAAGGACGUAAAAGUGGAAAUGUGGUUGGGCAGGACUUAGUGAAGGAGAGCAGCAUCAGCCCUCGGGAGAUGGCUGCUGUCCAGGUGGAUGGAGUCCCAGGGAAGAGACGAAUGGAGGGAAUGACGCAAACGAGCCCAGACGGACAGAUGAUAUCGGGAGGAGGAGGAUCAGGGUGGACAGAUGGAAACGUAGUGUCUGUGGAAGCUGAGAAAACGGCCAAGACGAAACCACAGCCCCAAGGAGAACAGAUGGAGGGGAAAUGUGGCUCAGAAACCACCACCGGGGGCAGAGAGACAGUGGGUGCAGAUUUUCUGGCUGCCUGUCAUGUGCUCAAAGAUCACAUGGACAACAUGGAUAACCCCAAUGAUGACAUGAAAAGGGCCCUGGUUGUGUUGUUUCAGCACUGGUUCAGCGCGGCGGCCGAGGAGACUUCAGCGGCCAGCAGGGUGGCAGUGUACCUGAGAGAAGUGAAGAAGGCCACGCCUUCACUGUUGGCCUUCUUGAUCAACCUGGCUGAUGACAACGGCAACACAGCGCUGCAUUACAGCGUGUCCCACUGCAACUACAGCAUCGUCAGCCACAUACUGGACACAGGUGUGAGUGAUGUGAGCCUUCAGAACAAUGCCGGCUACACACCAGUGAUGCUGGCCUCACUAACAGCGCCGGAUGGUCCAGGUGGCAUGGAGGUGGUCCGCAAGCUAAUGGAGCAGAGCAACAUUAACAUUCGCUCCAGCCAGACGGGACAAACAGCUCUGCACUUGGCGGUGAGACAUGGGCGAGUUGUGAUGGUUCGCCUGCUCCUGAGCUGUGGAGCAGACGCUAACCUCCAGGACAGCCAGGGAACAACGGCCCUGAUGUUCGCAUCUGAGAGGGGCCACACACACGUCGCAAGGCUGCUGCUGGAGAGGAGCCUUUGUGACCUCACCCUGACUGACAAGCGUGGUCAAACUGCACUCUCUAUCGCCAUGCAAGGUUCCCACACUGAUACUGCCACCCUCCUGCAGGCCCACGCUAAAGCUCGAGCUUUGUAGUACUGGAAAACAAUCUGCAGACAUAUGAUUCUCUCAAGUUUGCUCCUUUCUGUCUGAUGCACUUUGAAACCCAGUUAAAUCCUGACGCUUUGUGCUUGGGUUGAACUGUUGCUCGCAUAUUGUUUCUGAUUUCUGACAUUCUGCACGAGCAUUAGCUUGAGCUUUGGAUUGGAGGACAUCGUUCUAACAAGACUCAACGCCAUCAAUGAGGGAGGUAAAGCUUAGCUGUGUCAUGAAUGCUGAUGCAGUGUACAAUAAACGUGUUGUUUUCUGUUGUCUUUGCUGUUGAUGUAAAUACAUCAGUUAUGUCUGAUCCGUGCCCAUCCAAGUAGAAGCUUAGCUUUGCAAACUAUGCAAUUAAAAACAUAUUUAUUAUGGAAUGUGUAUUGUAUUGGUCAUAUGGAUAUGUUGACAAUUAUCAGAAGGUCUGUGUUUGAUGUUUUUAGAAAAUCAAAGAUUGCUUUUUCCAUUCUUGUAGAAAUUUUAUUUUUUUUUAACUGAGUGUAAAAUAUACAAAGAAAAGCUAAAUGCCCAUGCUGCUUGACAGGCACAUAAAAGAAAGUGCCGAUAAACCAACCUGUUGAUUUUACUCACUAAUAGAUGUGUAAAAUGCCUUUUUUAAUAAAAUGUUUAAAAAGGCAACUGUGCUUGGCUGAGCUGCUACUUUGAGAGUAACGGAGAAACCGGAGUCAAAUUCCUUGUAUGUAAACGCCUGCAUGGCCAAUAAAGCUGAU